GGGUUUUUUUUUUUUUGUUGAAAAUUUUCAUUUCUCCCGUAGGCUGGCUAGUAACUUGCUUGGUGUUUCUGUAACGACCCAUAGGCAUGGUAGCAUUUCCCGCUAUUUUUCGAAGCCUCAUCAGAUCAUCUUCACCAAAAUCUUUCUUCUUUACUAUCACUAAAAUCUCUAAUUCUUUCCUUGGGCUUGCCUCCAUUUAUACCAAAUCAAACUUCUUCUCUUUCACUUCUGUGCUCUCUCAUCACCUAAAGAACCAAAAUUUAGACGAAGCUCGUUUUAUUUUCGAUAAAAUCCCUCUCCCCAGUGUUCAUUUAUGCACUAAGAUGAUCGCGGGUUACGCUGAAAACUGUAGACUCGAUGAUGCCUUGAAACUGUUCUACAAAAUGCCUGUUAGAGACACAGUUUGUUGGAAUUCAAUGAUUAAAGGGUGUUUGAGUUGUGGGAGUUUGAAUAUGUCCAGGAAACUUUUUGAUGAAAUGCCUGAAAGAAAUGUGGUUUCUUGGACAACCAUGAUUAAUGGGUACUUGCAGUUUGGGAGAAUUGAAGUGGCCGAGUGCUUGUUUCGUGAGAUGCCUAUGAGAGAUAUAGCCGCUUGGAAUUCGAUGAUUUAUGGGUAUUUUUGUAAUGGCAGAGUUGAUGAUGCUAUGAAGUUGUUUGAGGGAAUGCCUUGCCGGAAUGUGAUUUCGUGGACUUCGAUGAUUAGUGGUCUUGAUCAGCAUGGGAAGACCAACGAAGCUUUGUUUCUCUUUCAACAGAUGGUGGUUUCUGGUGUUGAACCCACUUCAAGUACGUUUUCUACUGUAAUAACAUCUUGUGCAAAUGUGCCCCAUUUACAACUAGGUGUUCAGGUUCAUGCCCUUGUUGUCAUGCUAGGUUACUCUUUUGAUGCAUUUGUUACUGCUUCUCUAGUCACGUUUUAUGCAAACUGCAAGCAAAUUGAUAAUUGUUGCAAGGUAUUUAAUGAAAAGUUACACAUAAAUGUGGUUGUAUGGACUGCUCUUUUGACUGGCUACGGUUUGAAUCAUAAGCACGAGGAUGCAUUGAAGGUUUUCAGUGACAUGAUAAAAUUGGGUAUCCUUCCGAAUCAAUCUUCUUUUACUAGUGCCUUGAAUUCAUGCUGUGAACUGGAGGCUCUUGAUAGAGGGAAGGGAGAGAUUCAUGCCACAGCUAUUAAACUGUGUUUGGAAACUGAUGCCUUUGUUGCUAAUUCUCUUAUUGUACUGUAUUCUAAAUGUGGAAAUAUAAAAACUGGAGUGGUCAUAUUCAAGAACAUUGGUGAAAAGAAUAUUGUUUCAUGGAACUCAAUUAUUGUUGGAUGUGCCCAACAUGGGUAUGGCAUGUGGGCACUGGCAUUCUUUACCCAAAUGAUACGUGUUGGGGUAGACCCAGAUGAGAUCACAUUCACUGGGCUGCUUUCUUCUUGUAGCCGUUCCGGGAUGCUACAAAAAGGAAGGUGCCUUUUUGAAUAUUUUAGCCAGUGUAAAGCCAUUGACAUGAAGCUUGAGCACUAUGCCUGUAUGGUGGAUAUCUUGGGCCGAUGUGGGAGGUUGGAGGAAGCAGAGGAGUUAGUUAAAAACAUGCCCAUGAAAGCAAAUACAAUGGUUUGGCUUGCUUUGCUUAGUGCUUGUAGGAUGCAUUUUGAUUUUGAAUUGGCUGAAAAAUCUGCUUAUUGCAUUUUUGAUCUAGAGCCAGAUUGUAGUGCCGCAUAUGUUUUGUUGUCCAAUUUAUAUGCUUCUGCUGGUAGAUGGAAUGAUGUUGCCAGAAUAAGAGUGAAGAUGAAAGGGAGAGAAAUUAAAAAACAACCAGGACAGAGUUGGCUUACUUUAAAGGGACAGAGGCAUGUAUUUCUUUCAGGAGAUGGGUCCCAUCCUUCAUGUGAGAAAAUAUAUAAAAAAUUGGAAUGGUUGGGAGAAAAGUUGAAGGAAAUUGGUUAUGUUCCUGAUCAAAGAUUCGCUUUACAUGAUGUUGAGGAUGAACAAAAGGAUGUGAUGUUGUCUUAUCACAGCGAGAGGCUAGCUAUUGGGUUUGGGCUGAUUAGUACUGUUGAGGGCAGUACAAUUACAGUGAUGAAAAACCUUCGUGUAUGCGGAGAUUGCCAUUCUGCCAUUAAGCUCAUGGCAAAAUUUGUUGGGCGUGAAAUUAUUGUAAGAGAUUCUAGCCGCUUUCAUCACUUCAGGAAUGGCUUUUGUUCUUGUGGGGAUUACUGGUAACACUAUCUUGGGUUGUGUUCAAAUGUUUUCAGAAUUUUAAACACUUUGGAGGCCACAUAUUGCCUUUGAUGACUUUUAGUUUAGCCUAUUAACGCAUGAUAUAUCAUUAGCAGAAGCAGGAAUACUGUCCACAGAUUGUUGAGAGGUUGAUAUGACUUGCUUGUGAUAGCAAAAAUGGUUAUGUUUUAGGGCAGGCCAAUUGUCUGAAUCCAGAUGUCAAAUAUCAUCAAUAGGUUGGAAUUGAUGUCUUCGGUAGCCUACACUUGGCUGGAGGGAAAAAUUAUAUCCGGCGAACACCCCACCCCCGCUGCUGGGUUCAAUCUAUCUUCACUGCAAUGUUUUUGAACCAGCGACCAACAUCAUCAAGAUCCAAUCGUGGCGAGUUUUGAGAGGCAACAACCAUCCAAAAUCAACCUCUGAGUUCCAACAAGUGACUCUAAUGCUUAUAUAUAGUCGGUGAUCAUCAACUUCAGAUUUUCUAGAUGAGCAAAAAGAGUUGAUGGCUAAUAAGAAGAAGAAUUUGACAUGGAAGAGUGAUAUCUAUGAACUUACUAUUGAUUCACUAGUGGAGAAAAUGCUAAAAGCUAGAUUGGAGGAACUUUUACGUCAAUUGCCUAUAGAACCGUGGCAAAGGCAGUGAAAGUGAAAUUUGGAGUAUGUUGUGCACCUAGUUCGGUUGGCUUGUGAUACUCUGGUAGUGGAUUUGGUUAUAGCUAUUCAACUCAAAUGAUUGAAGGAAGCAACAGCAGGUGUAUGGGCUUCUGGCAUCAAGGUGAAGACAAAGCAUGUCAGAUUCAUUUUGCACAUGAUGAAGAUUAUGAAUAAAUAUGUGGAGCAUUCGGAAAAUAGCAUACAAUUGGAAGUCACGCUGCAGGUUCAAAGCAAAGGCAGCUUCCUUGACUCAUUUGAGUUCGGCGUUAAUGCUAACAAGCUGGAGGAUGUGCAGAAACUGGAAGUAAGUUGAACUGAACACUGACAAGUCCUCUUCAUCUGGAGCUGUCUCCACCUCCACAUCUAAGCUAGCUAAAGAAUCAAAGAAGCGGAAGACAAGAUUCACUAACAUUGUGAGUGAGGAGUUUGUCCAUUAAGGCCGAUUUAGAUGCUGUUGCACAAGCUCGUGAUCAUGGUAAUCCUCAAGACUACGAUGACCAAAAAUUGUUUGAUGAAAUUGAGAAAGUUGGAGGCAUGAAUGAAACAUCUCAAAUGAAGGUCUACCAAGGACUUGUUAUGAUGUGGAGGUGCUCGGGUGUUCCUUGCUUACCCCAUUGAGAGGCAUGGAACUUUAGUUGUGAGGGAGGUUUUGACCUUGUUUGUGUGAUGACCAGAUUUAGGUGAGAACUCCCACUGGUUCUUGCCAGAUAUAGUCUCCCAAGCACAAGGUCAUGGCUUUUGGUAACAAUUGUUUAGGUGUUCUUGUACUUUUGAGGUUAUAAUAUUUCUUUAUUGAUUUUCAUUCUAUUUUGAUGUGAGCUCACUUUAUCUCAUUAUUGUUAUUUGGCUAAACUUGACUCAAAUUUGAGCCCAAAAGUGAGAUUAAUUAUUCAUAGAACAUGCUUUUGUCGAUAGGACCCUGGAAUUGUUUCUGAUUGAAUUAUUCUUUAGUCUAUUAGAGAAAUAUUGCAUGGUUAGUCCUGUUAUUAACAAGU